AUGUGCCCCGGAGGCGCUAACGCCGGGUUACCCAUACAUUCGCUACUCUUCGCCAACUCGAUCUUCGAGGAUCUCGAGCCCGCGCUGGCCGCGGAAUCGGUGCAUUGGCCGGAUGCCCCAUCAUCCGGCGCUCCCCGCGCGCCGCCCAAGUUCUCCGCGGGCGGCUGGUCGCGCCUGACUCAGGCGCUAAGCAACAGCCGCGCGCUGACGCCGACGCAGAAGAACUGGGACGUGAAACGCGACGGAAAGCGGGGCGUCGCUGGAGCCGGAGCCGCGCGGACCUCCAAGGCACUGCCGUCGAAGUCAGCCGCCGCCUCCAAGCCGCGAUCAGCUUCACUUUCGCCGCCGUCAUUCGGCCGUGCCGACCCUAAAACGGACGGCGAACCGGCGCUCCUUCUGCUUCCUGAUGGCUCCGUCCAAAUCGUCACGUCGCCCCAUUCUGUCGCCGAGUCGCGUAGCCCAAAAUUGGCUGGCGACGCGGCCGCCGCCGCGAAUGACGACAGAAGGAAGCCCACCCGCGCAAGCGACGUGCUUCAAAAUCACCCGGGCUACCAGGUGGGGUCGCUGACGUCAUCCAAUAGCUUCCUCCGCCCGCAGCAAGUGAUGAAGCCUGGGCACGUGUACUUCCUCCAGCCGCCUCAGGCUCCGACGAACGCCGCCGCGCUUCCAGCUCCCGAUGUCAACGGAAUCAAUCCAGGCGACGACGAGAGUGCCUCUGCCGCAUUGACCUUACAACGAGACAGCGCUACUAACGCGGAUCAUGGCGCGGCUGCGAUGCAAAUUGAGGCGGAAGAGCACGCCCUGGACGAUGUGACUAUAACGGAGGAAGGGCUGAUGGCGAGCAUUCUCGGUAGCACGUACAAAAUCUCAGAGACCAAUGUGGUUACCCGGACCCUCUCGAACAACAACCCCACCAUCACUGCUAGCAGGAGCUGCGACACCAACACCUGCACCGGCACCAGCACCAGCACCAACACUCGCACUAUGAAAAGAAAUGCUUCAAUGGGGGAGAGAUACUACUCGAGCACAGCUUCAUCUUCAGCAGCAUCGUCUGCGACUUGCUCCCCGUCACUGCUCCCGGGAUCACCAAGCCUACAGCCUCCUCUCCUCUCCCUCGACCGACGCAACCUCUCCCCCUCCCCCAUUCCAUCCCUCUACCGCACUCCCUGCGCCUGCUGCAGCGCCAAACGCCCCACCACCCCCACAUCCCACUUCUCCCCAGCCCUCACCCACUCGCUCACGCUCUCACCCACCUCCUCCGCUGCCACGAAUUCCACGUUCCAAUCGCCCAUGCUCUCCCCCAGAUGCCCACCCUCCCCGCCAUCCCCAUCGCCAUCCCUUCCUUGUCCAACUGGAUGCACCAGCCGUCCAAAAGCCGGCAAUUUCUUCGCGGUUCCAGAAGACGUCAGCUUCCAAUUGGACAGUGCUGCCGCCCAGAUAUUUGCCGCUGCCGCCCAGGAGCGCGCGCCCUCGCCGUUGAUGCACCGCGGCUGGUGCACGGCCGGGCGGAGCAUCCACCCCCAAUUCUCAUCCGGCGUUGGCUGUAACGAGUGUGACAACGACGCAGGUGCUACAAAGCGGAGCUACAGUGCAAGAUACACUGGCGUUAAACUUGCAACCAGCACUGGAUUUGUCUAUGGCAGAAGCAGCACGAGCGGCAGUGACAGCAGAUUCGACAACAAUGGCAGCAAUGGCAUUAUUAGCAACAGGCACAGGAGAAGCUACUCCCGAGGGCUUGAAUCCACAGAUCAACAGGGCGAGGAGAACACGUUUGAAAGGGGACAAGCGCAACGCCAGCACAACCCCUUUAGGUUGCGUGGAAGGCCUGUGGUCACUGUUGAGGACAUGGUGUUUGGCCGCAUGGGACCAAGCUUGGCUGAUUGA